CUCUUCCUUCUCCUCCACCCUCUUCCAUCCUUUCUUCCCAUCCCCAUCAUCUCUGUUACCGUCCCUCUUCAAGCUGGGGCUUUUCAUUCCGCUCUCUGUUUGGUAUCUUAUAUUGUCUAUCCAUCCCUCCUGCUCCUGUCAUUCAACACUCCUUCACCAUGUCUCGUGGCGGCACUACUCUCUAUGUCACUGGUUUCGGCCACGGUACUCGAGCUCGAGAACUAGCCUACGAAUUCGAACGAUAUGGUCGGCUUGUUCGCUGCGAUAUUCCGGCCCCCCGUACGGCUUCCAGUCGCCUCUUUGCGUUUGUUGAGUAUGAGAGCCGUCGCGAUGCUGAUGACGCAUAUCAUGAAAUGCACAACAAACGUAUCGGCAGGGAUGACCUUCUAAAAAUCGAGUGGGCACGUACUCCUCCAUCUGCGUCCUGGCGCUUUGAUUCCGGUCGGGACCGUCGCCGGGACCGUACCCCCCCUCGCCGUCCCCGCUCUCCAUCACCUCGACGAGGUCGAGGAGACUUCUCUCCCCGCAAAGAUGACCGCCGCGACCGUGACUACGAUAGACGUGACCGCGACCGCUCUCGAAGUCCUAGUGUCCGAGACCGUGAGCGGGACCGGGACCGGGACAUGAAGGAUGAUCGUGACAGACGUGAUGACGAUCGCGAGAAUGGAACGAAUAACGAUGACAGGAAAGUACCACUGGAUUCUCCAACCCCAGCUCAUGAUGAGCUGGAUACUGCUGAGUGAAAUCGAGUUUUGCAUCCUUUGAUCAAAUAACAUUGCGCGCACCUUUUUUAACAAAAAACGAUGGCGGUAAUAUGAUCUGCAGUAAACUCCCACUUUCGUACUCGGAACUGGUAACUAUACGAUGGCUGGAAAACAACAUCAUUGUAGUUAUCUCACGCGAAGCCACAUACUGUUUCCAUGAUCGGUAUUUCCUUACAAUAUAUCCAAUAAUUUCCUCCCGAACCCCCGCUUUACUAUUGCUCAGUUUCUUUUCUUGUUCUUCGUUCUAAAAACCCAAAAAAAGUUUUGCACCAUAUUCUGCCUUCUGUUUUGUUCCUUGCUUCCCUUCACUUCUGCUGUCACAAAAAUUGUAAUUCCUGCCGGCCGGGUAGCUUAGAUGUUGAUGUGGAUACAUUCUUCCAGCGAAGUCAACAAACCUACCAGUCCGGUCUCUCGAAAGCCUGCACAAUUUGCAAAAGUUCAGCGCUUUGUUUUCGUAAUUAUUUCCCCCUUGCAGCUUUCUGGUCUGGAGAGCCGGCUGGCAAGCUGUCUACCCUUAUUGACUUAGUUUGCAGAUAGCUCCAUUAUUUUGAAAGAAGAGUUCGUUCCAUUUCUUC